UGAGUAGACUGAGCUACCAAUAACUUGAUAUUUUAAUCGACUUUGACACUAUUUGCUACUCUAUUUUUAGUUUGAGUUUAAGAGAAAUACCGUUUAAUAUAAUCCCAAAAUAGCGAUAAGAGAAAGGGCUUUUAAUUUGUUAACGAAAAAGGUAAGUUGUUAACCACAUUUUGUAAGGGCGUGCUAACAAAUUUUAACGAAAACUGAAAUGCAGAUUAAAAAAUUGAGACUGAUAGAAAGAAAAAUGAAAUGCAGACACGCGUUUUAAAGAAGAGUAUGCUAUAAGAACAUUCUUUAUUAGACAAACCCUAAAUAUCUAAGUCUAGAAGCUGGACAUUUUCAAACCUUUAGUAAUAUACUAGAACACCUCCAUUUUCCACCCAAAACAAAAUCGAUCAAGGAUUAUAAUUUACUAAUCAAGACAACGAGUGAUGCAAUAACAAGUCAAUUAAACAAUUUUAAAUAUUAUUUACAAUUUAUUAGUUAUAAUCUGACAAUAUGAAAUAGUCAAACACUUUUAGUCCUUAGACGUGUUACGCAAAAACAUUUUAUUUAUUUUUUACCUCUGUCCUGUAAUGAUCUAAUCUAAAAUUAAGGCUUACUUAUACAUCAAAGUCAAUGGUUCUCUUUGGUCUAAGUCUAAUAUUACAGGUAAGCAAAUCCUCAGCUCAAGACCAAUUUUUCUCUCUAUAUAACUGUUGAAAAAACAUAUCUUCCUCAUAAAAUAGAAGAGUAUAAGCCAAGUUAACACCAUCAAACAUUCAAGAAGAACAGAACACAGAUCUCUCAUCUUCAAUGGAGAAAAAGUCAAAGUUUUCUUUCUUCUCUUCCUCAUCCUCCAAGUCUCUUCCUUCAUCUCCUCACUCAUUCACCUCCUCCCCAGCUUCUCCUCUUCACCAGGUCUUCACUCAGUCCACCAUGGACGAAGCCAUAGCGAGAGCAGAAGCCAUAAUCAAGAAAUGGGACCCUAACACGCCUUCCAUCACCAAGAUCGUCUCUCUGUUCAACCACAGCAGAAAAGAAGCCAAGGAGUUCAUCAAAUGCGUCCGUGACUUGCGCAAAGCUAUGCACUUCCUUGUCUCGCAAGACUCUCAAUCUCCAAAGCUUGCCCUAGCACAAACCCUAAUGCAAAUCGCCAUGACAAGGCUUGAAAAAGAGUUUUUCCAGAUAUUAUCUUCCAACAGAGACAAGCUUGAUCCUGAAUCAGUCUCCGGUCAAUCCUCAACGUCAACCAACUCCGAGUUUGAAGAUGAUUAUGAUGAAGAUGAUGACGAUGAGAUGAAGAAAGCUAAUGAGUCCAUCACUAAAGUUGAGAAAGCUUCAGCUGUGGUGAUGUCUGACCUAAAGGCUAUAGCAGAGUGUAUGAUCAGUUGCGGAUACGGUAAAGAAUGUGUAAAGAUCUACAAGAGGAUCAGAAAAUCUAUAGUAGAUGAAGGGCUGAGCUUGCUUGGGAUAGAAGCUUACAAAAGCUCAAGGCUUCACAGAACAGACUGGGUCACGCUCGACCAUAUGAUCAAGAACUGGACCAAAGCUGCAAAGAUUGGCGUCACUACUCUCUUCCGUGGAGAGAAGCUUCUAUGUGAUCAUGUCUUCUCUGCUUCCAACUCAACGAGAGAGUCAUGCUUCUACGAGAUAGCAAACGAAGCAGCCACUAACCUAUUCAAGUUCCCUGAGUUUGUAGCUAAAGAGAAGAAGUCUCAUGAGAGGAUCUUCUCUUUAAUGGAUCUCCAAGCUGCCAUCUCUAAUCUCUGGCAAGACAUAGAGAUGAUCUUCCACUAUGAUUCAGUAGCUGGUGUGAAGUCUCAGGCACUCAUGUCACUUCAGAAGCUAAAGGUUUCAAUCCAUAAUGCUCUCACUGACUUUGAAUCAACGGUUCAUAAAGAUUCAACCAAAGCUCUUACACCUGGAGGAGGGAUCCAUAAGCUGACAAGAUCAACAAUGAGUUUCAUCUCUUCCUUGUCUGAACACAGCUCUGUCUUGUCUGAAAUCCUUACAGACCAUCCACUACCAAGAAACACUAGGUUACUUGAGUCUUACGUCAUAAUGUUAGAAGAGGAAGAGCACAAUCAUGCCCUCUCGGUCCAUUUCGCUUGGCUCAUCCUUGUCUUGCUAUGCAAGCUAGACACCAAAGCAGAACAUUACAAGGAUGUUUCACUAUCCUACCUCUUCAUUGCAAACAACCUUCACUUCAUCAUUGAAACGGUACGUUCGUCUGAUCACCUCAGACACCUCCUUGGAGAAGAUUGGAUCACUAAACACGACGAUAAACUCAGCGCUUACGUGGCAAACUAUGAGAUAUCAGCAUGGUCCUAUGUAUACAUGUCAUUACCCGAGGAACCAACAGAGCUAUCACCAGAGGAGGCCAAAAUAUACUUCAGAAGGUUUCACUCGGCGUUUGAGGAAGCAUACAUGAAACAAUCACCACGAGUUGUGCCAGAUGCUAAGCUUAGGGAUGAGCUGAAGGUUUCGAUAGCAAAGAAACUUGUACCGGAGUACAGAGAGUUUUACAGGAAGUACUUACCAAUGCUUGGUCAAGAGAGAAACAUUGAGAUGCUGGUGAGGUUCAAGCCGGAUAAUUUGGAGAAUUACAUCUCCGAUUUGUUCCAUGGAACACCAAUACUUGCUUCAUCUUCUGUUUCUUCAUCUUCUUCUACAUCAUGGAUGUCACUUGGGCGUGUUUCAAGCUGAGAGACUUGUGUGUUGCAUUGUGCUUGUGUCUAAUGUCUAUGUACAAUAGAAAAUGUAGAUGAAAAAUAACAUUUGAGAUUAUUUACUCUUAAA